AUGAAAACCUUGUGCGAGUUUAUAUGGCGGAGUGCAGAAUCAAGCAAUGACCCCCAAUUAUCAAAACAUAUUUCCGAAAUUUGGGAAAAGACAGAUGAGUCCUUUAGAGAGGCGACCUUACACUAUUUUGUGACAGCGAACUGUAAGUGUUGGGACGUCCCCUCCAUACCAACCAAUGAUCAGUCAUCCGUUGUAGACCAGUGUGUUGCUUUCCUUGUUCGAAAGAAAGUCUUCAACAAUGUGAUAACUUUUGGGUAUAGGGCUGCUGACCAUUCUCAAGUUGCUUCACUCCUGCACUGUCAGUCAACAAACCUAAAUGUUACAAGGCUCAAACGCGGUAUAUGGAAAACCGUCUAUGGUGUUUUGGGAAAUAAGAGAUUUGUUGAGCUAAUGAUCAACCACUCUAUCUUCGAGUUUGGCGGUACCGCUUAUACUCAAAUUUUGGGUAUAGUUCCUAGGGAACAAGAAAAGCUUGGAUCAGCGCAAUGCCGUUCAUCUAAUAAGGCCCCUGAAUACCUUGACAGUACUUUAUACCUUUACAAAAACAAGGGAAAUUACUCGCCUUCUAAAGCAAUACCGUGUUCACCCGAAGCCCUUUGGGACCAGAUGUUUCAAAUUGACUGGAAGGACUUUGAACUGUCGCAUCAUUCGCAGCUUGCUGGAGUUCGGCAACUUUUAGGUCAAAUCAUUAAAAACCAUCAAAAGAUUAAAUAUCACCAUAUUCUCAACAACAUAUGCCCCAGAACUGAUAUGCAAGAUGAUCCUAAUAAUAACCUGUGCCAGACGGACAUAAAGCUUGUCUCAAGGUUUCUUGUGGUUAUAUUCGAAAAAACAUUUCCGCUCAUGUUUUUUGGAUCACGGUACAACAGGUCCAAAAUCCUUUCCAAAAUCCGACCUCUGCUCAAAUUAAAGCUGCACGGGCGAAUGCCAUUUUCGAUAAUCACAGAAGGAUUCAGAACCUCAGACGUUGUCUGGCUAGGCAAAUGCUCAAAAACGGAUCCAAGAGCCGCUCUUCUGCUACAAGAUUUGAUUACACAGCUAGUUGAGUGGGUUUUUAGACGAUUUAUCCCGUCGGUUAUAAGUUCUGUUUUUCACUGCUGCGAAGUUUCUGCGACAAGGGAGAUUGUCUUUUUCAGAUUUGACGUUUGGAAGGCCAUGGCAGAUCCUUUCUUGUGCGCAUAUGUCAGGGACAACCUAAAAAAAAAGAGUGAAUGCUGUUGCCACGAAGCUGCAUGGAAAAUGAACCACGGCUGUCUACGGCUUGUUCCUAAGAAAAAAAAAAAGCAGUUUAGAGUCAUCUUCGUCCCUCUAAGGGGCUGCAAGACGGAGAAAAUUGCCCAGCACGAAGAAUUUAUUCGAAAGACCAUCAAACCUGCUAUUUGUGUCUUACAGUUCUUAGCAAGUGAGACAAGUCCCCUGGCGAAAAAAUUGUCCUCUCCCUCAGAUAUUCCAAGCUCAAUUUGUCUUUUCAAGGAAACACUAAAAAAAACAUAUGGUUGCGUGCCAAAACUGUACUUUAUCAAGUUUGACAUAGAAUCAUGUUAUGAUUCAAUACCCGCAUGUAAAGCUGUCAAAGUCCUCGAAAAGCGCCUAGCCAAUCACUCCGAAUUUUUCAUUCGUUCCCAGUCUUAUUUCGAUCCGGUCAAAAGAACAUUGAAGCGCUUCUCAACUAUAAAUGCACAGUCCACUCCGUGUGAAGGCGGAGUAGCUAUUGACAAAGUUCAGACUGUACAUUUCACUAAACAUGAGAUUUUAACUAUAAUCAAGAGCGAAAUUGAAAAGUCAGCAAUAAUACACGAGGGGGAAUGUUACACGCGAAAAAAGGGUAUCUUUCAGGGCACUUCAUUAUCUGCCGCCAUUGUUGACUUAUUUUACAGCGAUUUGAUGGAGAACGAGACGGUAUUUUCCAAGAGAAAUCGUUCUGAAAGCCUUGUUCUUAGAUUAGCUGAUGACUUUCUGGUAAUAUCAAUCAGUAAAAGCUAUAUUGAAAGCGUGGAGCGUACGGUCUGUGCAGGCUUUCAGGAAUAUAAUGCCUAUUCUAACCAAGAUAAGAUAUUGACACACGCUUCACCUAGAAGAAAUGAGUAUGUGCGGUUCUGUGCCAUGGAUUUGAAUUUACAGAGUCUAGAAGUCCUUAAACAUACUGAAACCUUGAGUACGACGUGCGCGUUUUCAAGUUCUACAAGAACUUUAUACCACAAUUUGAGCAGUAACUUUAAAAAAGUUUUAUCAAAUGACCUCAUAGACCCUAAUUUGAAUUCUUCAGACACAAUACUGAAACAAGUUUUUUUCGCUUGCAUCAAUGUUGCAGAGUCAUUCUGCCUUUCCUACGUCGGUAACCCUGCCCCUCUUCACGGAUUUAUAGGCUUCAUUAGAAAGCUUGCAGAGAUAGCAGAAGUUUCUUGUGAACGUGCCUUUCCAAAUCAAGGGAUUUCUUCCGACGCAAGAAAAGCUGUCUUUUCUGUCUUCGUAAAUUUUCUGAAAGACAAAAAUAUGAAUGUUCAAAAUACAUCUCGCGCAAUCCAGGCCCUAUUGCAACUCACCAAAACCAUAAAUUCGAAAUAA